AUGGCAGAUUCCGAUUCUUUGACUAACUGUCGCUUCUAUGAAGAAAAAUAUCCCGAAAUUGAGAGUUUCGUCAUGGUCAAUGUCAAGCAGAUUGCCGAAAUGGGUGCGUACGUAAAACUUCUGGAAUACGACAACAUCGAUGGCAUGAUUCUCCUUUCCGAACUUUCGCGAAGACGUAUCAGAUCGAUACAAAAGCUCAUCCGAAUUGGUCGCAAUGAGGUCGUUGUGGUUCUGCGUGUGGACAAAGAGAAGGGAUAUAUCGAUCUGUCGAAACGAAGAGUCUCUGCCGAAGAUAUCGGUCGCUGUGAAGAAAAGUACAACAAGAGCAAGUCAGUUCAUUCCAUCAUGCGACAUGUUGCCGAAAAGACGAAGACCCCAAUCUUGAGACUCUACGAGGAGAUUGGUUGGCCUUUGAACAAAAAGUAUGGGCACGCCAACGAUGCAUUCAAACUGUCCAUCACCAACCCUGCCGUCUGGGACGAUGUCACCUUUCCCAAUGACGUGGUCAAGGAGGAAUUUCAAUCAUACAUCAGCAAGAAACUCACCCCUCACCCAACCAAAGUCCGUGCCGACGUGGAGGUCACUUGCUUCAAAUACGAUGGGAUUGACGCGGUCAAAGAGGCUCUCCGAAAAGCCGAGGCCAAGAACACUCCUGAUACACAGGUCAAGGUUAAGUUAGUUUCACCACCACACUAUGUUCUCACAAGUCAAUGUCUGGAUAAACAACUUGGAAUCCAACUGUUGGAGGAAGCCAUCAAGGACAUCGAUCAGACCAUCUCGGCCUCUGGUGGUUCGUGUGCAGUCAAGAUGGCUCCUAAGGCAGUGACUGAACAUGAUGAUGCCGAACUACAAGCACUGAUGGAUAAGAGAGCGAAGGAGAACGAGGAAAUCAGUGGUGAUGAGGAUCUUAGUGAGAGUGAUGAAGGUCCAGAAAUUGCAUGA